AUGGCGGAGCCCGAGGAGGAGAUCGAGGAGGAGGAGGAAGCCUCGGAGCCUCCCAAACCUCCUGAGGAGCCAGGAGAGGAGCGGCCCCGACCCCGGCACAUGGUGUCCCAGCUGGCCCCGCCCAAAAUCCCCGAGGGGGAGCGCGUGGACUUCGAUGACAUCCACAGGAAGAGGAUGGAGAAGGACCUGCUGGAGCUGCAGACCCUGAUCGACGCGCACUUCGAGCAGCGGCGCCGCGAGGAGGAGGAGCUGCAGGGGCUGAUGGAGAGAAUUGAGCGGCGCCGGGCCGAGAGGAACGAGCAGCUCCGCACCAGGAACGAGAAGGAGAGGGAGAGGCAGGCCAGGCUGGCGGAGGAGAAGCUGCGCAAGGAGGAGGAGGAGGCCAAGAAGAGAGCGGAGGACGACGCCAAGAAGAAAAAAGUUCUGUCAGCAAUGCCCCACUUUGGGGGGUACCUGGCCAAGGCCGAGCAGCGCCGGGGCCGGCGCCAGACCGGCCGGGAGAUGAAGCUGCGGAUCCUGGCAGAGAGGAAACGGCCCCUGGAGAUCGAGAAUCUGAGGGAGGACGAGCUCAGGGCCAAGGCCCAGGAGCUCCACGCCUGGAUCCAGCAGCUCGAGUCCGAGAAGUUCGACCUGAUGGAGAAACUGCGGCGGCAGCGCUACGAGAUCAACGUCCUGUACAACCGGAUCAGCCACGCCCAGAAAUUCAAGAAGGUCACCAAGGGCCGCGUGGGCGGGCGCUGGAAGUGACCCCGCCCCUCUGACGUCACCGAAUAAAAUUAUUGCAUCAUCCGA